AUGGUCUAUGAGACAACAGCUGUGACCUUAGUGAAUUCAAAUUUGAAAGAGAAUUUCAGAUUUAGAAAGGAAACAUUAAUUGUCGGUUGUUAUAGUCAAAUUUUUACAAAAAAACUAGAAACAAAAAUUAAAGAAGGUGAUAGAGGUUUAGAAAGUCUUGAAAUAAAAUUUGAGCAUAUUAACGGCGACAAAAUCACUCCCCCCCAGACAAACGUGUUCGAAAAAACCAUCACCAUUUCGUCGAUUGCGAUUAAACGCAGGCCAACGCUGCCGCAAACGCCAGCGAGUGGUGCCCCACAGGUGUUGUCACCCAAACGACAGUGCGCUGCUGCUGUCUCUGUAAUUCCCGCCACCGCUCAAUUAACACCACAAGUACAAUACGCCACAUCACCCGCCGCAGCUGCUGCCGCCGCUGCUGUUGCACUUAAAGCCGGUCAUCAAUUAACUUUUAAUCCAGCUGCAGCUGCUGCACAAUUAGCUGCCACCGCUGCAGUAACUGCACAUACACAUCAUCCAUCACAGAUUGCUGCAGCAGCAGCUGCUGCUGCUGCCGCCGCACAGCAUCAUCGUAUUGCCGCUGUAGCUGCUCAACAUUUUAAUCCCGCCGCUGCAGCAUUAUUAAAUCAGCACUUACAUAACGCCACAACACAUUCACAUCAACAAGCCGCUGCUGUUGCAGCUGCUGCUGUACAUCAGCAACAAAUCGUAUUACAACAACAACAUCAACAGCAUCAAUUGAAUCAACAACACGUAGCUGCAGCUGCAGUUGCUGCACACAACUAUCAACAACAGCAACAACAUACCAAUUCAACACCUGCAACAGCUGCAAAUACUGCAACAAUUGCUGCAGCAGCAAGAGCAGCAGCAAGCGCAAAAAUUAUUAUAUCAACUACUGCGUCAUCAAGUUCUUCAAACGAUUCUCAUUCAAAUUCGUCAUCAACUUCAACAACACCAACACCAGCAACUGUUGUACCAAAUACAAACGACACAAGCUUAGUUAGCAACAACAUAAACGGAACUAUUACAAGCAACAGCGGCAACAACAACAACAACAACAGUGUGAACUCACCAACUGCAAAUACGACAAUGGAAAAUCAAAUGGCAUUAGCACCUUUAGGAUUGUCCCAGAGCAUGGAUUCCGUAAAUACAGCGAGCAAUGAAGAAGAGCAUAUUAACGGCGACAAAAUCACUCCCCCCCAGACAAACGUGUUCGAAAAAACCAUCACCAUUUCGUCGAUUGCGAUUAAACGCAGGCCAACGCUGCCGCAAACGCCAGCGAGUGGUGCCCCACAGGUGUUGUCACCCAAACGACAGUGCGCUGCUGCUGUCUCUGUAAUUCCCGCCACCGCUCAAUUAACACCACAAGUACAAUACGCCACAUCACCCGCCGCAGCUGCUGCCGCCGCUGCUGUUGCACUUAAAGCCGGUCAUCAAUUAACUUUUAAUCCAGCUGCAGCUGCUGCACAAUUAGCUGCCACCGCUGCAGUAACUGCACAUACACAUCAUCCAUCACAGAUUGCUGCAGCAGCAGCUGCUGCUGCUGCCGCCGCACAGCAUCAUCGUAUUGCCGCUGUAGCUGCUCAACAUUUUAAUCCCGCCGCUGCAGCAUUAUUAAAUCAGCACUUACAUAACGCCACAACACAUUCACAUCAACAAGCCGCUGCUGUUGCAGCUGCUGCUGUACAUCAGCAACAAAUCGUAUUACAACAACAACAUCAACAGCAUCAAUUGAAUCAACAACACGUAGCUGCAGCUGCAGUUGCUGCACACAACUAUCAACAACAGCAACAACAGUUGCGACAACAACUACAACAACAACAACACCAACAACAACAACAACAGCAGCAUAUAAUAGUUGCUAACGCCACUUCGGUGGCAACAACAAUAACAAAUAAUCAGAACCAAAACAACAAUAAUAUCAGUACCAAUUCAACACCUGCAACAGCUGCAAAUACUGCAACAAUUGCUGCAGCAGCAAGAGCAGCAGCAAGCGCAAAAAUUAUUAUAUCAACUACUGCGUCAUCAAGUUCUUCAAACGAUUCUCAUUCAAAUUCGUCAUCAACUUCAACAACACCAACACCAGCAACUGUUGUACCAAAUACAAACGACACAAGCUUAGUUAGCAACAACAUAAACGGAACUAUUACAAGCAACAGCGGCAACAACAACAACAACAACAACAGUGUGAACUCACCAACUGCAAAUACGACAAUGGAAAAUCAAAUGGCAUUAGCACCUUUAGGAUUGUCCCAGAGCAUGGAUUCCGUAAAUACAGCGAGCAAUGAAGAAGAGAUUCAAAAAGAAUCUUCUACAAUCUUUGAUAAGUCAACUUCAUUACUUAAGAAUUUAAAACAAACUAAAUCAAUUCGUUUCCGUUUCCAGGAUUCUUCAUUCAUUAUCUGUCAUGAAGAAAAACUUAUUCCUGAUGAUAAUAAAGUUACGAGUGGAGAUCUUAACGAUGGAUAG